GAUACCGGUCCACUUCUGUGGACAAACAGGAGAAAACGUCCAACCAGACCACAUUACCAGCAUGCCCUCUGGACACACACAACACUUCUUUACUCUGUCUGGACACACACAGAAGGUCGGGUGUAUGUGGAGGCUGAUUGCCCUCUACUCCGUCGUGUGUCUGUCGCUAUGGCAACCGUCAGACGCCUCGCGGCUCCGCUGCGGCAGUGACCUGCUCGCCGACCUCAUAUUUGUGUGCGGCGAUCGUGGGAUCUAUUUAGGAAGAGGCAGCUGGUCUGGGUACGGCUCACGGCCCCGGGGCAAGGGCAUCGUGGAGCAGUGCUGUCACUCUGCGGGCUGUGACCUCCGUCACCUGGAAAUGUACUGCGCCAAGUCCAAGAACUCCAUCCACAGCUCCGCCACCACGUCUACCGCCACCUCCACCCCCACCUCCACAGCCACAGUGGCGCUGCAGUUCGAGGCCGUCUUCCAGAAGAGGCUCCUGGAGCACCUGGGAGCGCCCAACAGCCAGAGGAGGUCCAACGCCCGGAGGAAAACACACAGCUCCCCCAGGCGGAGGAAGGUAUCGUCCACCUCCCGCAAAGGAGCAGCCAGGCAACAGCCUGCCAGCAAGUUUGCCUCAGGCUCCCAGCAGUCCAAACUCUCGUGACCGCUGUGAUAUUUGGGAGGGAAGGGAGAUUUUAUUUUGACUGAGCCUGCAACAUUGUUUUCCGAAUGCACUUUAAUAACCUAAUAUUUCCACCGGGCAGGGAUUUCCCCUGCUCGGUGGAAAUAUGAAACUCCAAAAUAUGUAUUGAUUUGGUCUGUGUCUCUAGGCCUGUAUCCAUAUCUAUCACUGCACUUCUUCUCAGGCACGCAUGCUAUCUAUAUCAUGUCAGGUUCAGAUACUAUAGUCAAAGUACAUGGAAUCCAGAUUGUUUCGAUACUUUCAGUAUUAUUUUUAUGUUUCCGUUUUUCCAUUUUCUUUAUAGCGUAAAAUGUUAUAUCAAAGUGAUGCUUGAAAUUGUUUGCAGUAUUAUCCCAAAAUGUUAAUGGGUUUUUUACUGUUGUGUUAAUAUUUAAUAUCGUUUUUUAUAGGGUUUAUCUUAUUCACAAAGUACUGGAUUAUUUUUAUAGCUACACUGUUGCCCUUGAAUGUUUCGAUGUGAUAUAUGUAUUGUAAAGGAUGAGAAUGUUUUGUAACU